GAUGGUACUUUCAUUUCAUACAACUGCGCAGCAAUUUCAAACAGAGACGCGCACAUAAUGUAUCAUAUAUAACGACCUUUUAGAGUACUUUAAGCUUAAGGCUUCAUAUCAUCUAAACCACAAAGAAAUUCUCAUUUCUUUAUUAAUAAUAAUAACAGCCCAUCAUCAUCUCAAACUCUUUUUAAUUCUCAAGUAUUCGUCAGACUUUCCUCCCAGGAAUCAAAACAAAAACCGUCCAUCAAUGGCUGCUUUCCCAAUACUGAUAACAUUACUUGCUCUGACCUUAUUAUUAUUCCUCAACAUAAGUCCUUGUUUAUGUGAUCCCAGAGCAACUGAAGCAGCUCUAGUAUGUACCAACCGGACGGCGGCCCAAUCCGAUCGGCAAGUUUAUGUGGCCAAUUUCUUAGCUGCCAUGGAUGCAAUAACUCCCCUGAUUGGGAGACAGGGCUACGGCGGCGUUGUCAACGGAACCGGGAACAACACGGUUUAUGCUUUCGGACAGUGCAUGAAAGAUUUAUCUCAGACGGAUUGUAAUUUAUGUAUUGCACAAUGUAAGACCCAGAUUCUCCGGUGCCUCCCUUUCCAGAAGCUGACCACUGGUGGCAAGCUUUUCUAUGACGGGUGUUAUUUGAGGUACGAUGAUUACAUGUUUUUCAACGAGAGCUUGGGUUUUGGUGAUAAAUCCGUUUGUGGGGCGAAUGAUUUUACUGGGAAUCAGAGUUUGUUUGGGAGUAAUGUUAGGGAAUUGGUGAGGGUUUUGGAUGUUGGGGGGAAUAGAAAUGGAGGGUUCUUCACUGGGAAUGUUAGUAGAGGGAAUUUGACGGUUUAUGGGUUGGCUCAAUGUUGGGAGUUAGUCAAUGGGACUGGUUGUCAGAGGUGCUUGGCUGAUUCUGUCUCAAAGAUUAAUUCUUGCCCUCCUAAGGAUGAAGGAAGGGUGUUAAAUACUGGUUGUUAUAUGAGGUAUUCUACUCAAAAGUUCUUUGACAAUUCUUCUUCAACUCCUGCUCCUGCUGGCAAUGGAGGUGGAUCUCGCAGGGUGGCUAUCAUUCUGGGCACAACCUUCUCUGCUGUUGCCCUUUUGCUGAUUGUAGCUUUUGUCACCUUCUUUUCUAGAAGGAAAGCUAUAAAACGAAGGAUAGCAAAGAAGCGAUUAGGCGUGUUUUUGCAGACCGUGAAUAAGUCCAAACUCAAUAUUUCUUAUGAAACACUUGAAAAAGCAACAAACUAUUUUAACAGCAGCAAUAAAUUGGGCCAAGGUGGAUCAGGUUCUGUUUACAAAGGAAUUUUGCCAAAUGGUCAGGCUGUUGCCGUAAAGAGGCUUUUCUUUCAUACCACUCAAUGGGUGGAUCAUUUCUUUAACGAGGUCAAUCUCAUAAGCGACAUUCACCAUAAAAAUUUAGUGCAGCUGUUGGGUUGCAGCAUUACAGGGCCGGAGAGCCUCCUCGUAUAUGAAUAUGUGCCAAACGGAAGCGUUCAUGAUCACAUAUUUGGUAAGAGUAAUGCCCCACCACUUACGUGGGAGGAGAGACGUAAAAUUAUACUAGGGACUGCUGAAGGAUUGGCAUUUUUGCAUGAGGAAUCGAAGUUGCGGAUUAUACAUCGUGAUAUAAAAUUGAGCAAUGUUCUUCUAGAUGAUGACUUUUCACCGAAAAUUGCUGAUUUUGGACUCGCUAGAUUAUUUCCAGAAGACGAGAGUCAUAUUAGUACUGCUAUUGCUGGCACACUGUGAGUCCCUUCCUGCUUUUAAUUUGUUUGCAAUCCUUAAGUCAAAUUUUUAUGACCCUUUCAGGGUAAAGUAGUUUUUGCGCUAGAAUUUGCAUAUAAUUAGUUUUCUUUUCGGUCACAAGCAAGACUUAGCGUCACUGUCGGUUCUCAGCGUGAAACUGGUUUACAUGAUUAACGAGUAAUAAGAUUGUGAUUUGCAGAGGUUACAUGGCUCCAGAGUAUGUGGUUCGUGGAAAGUUAACAGAGAAAGCCGAUGUAUAUAGUUUUGGAGUUCUCCUCAUAGAAGUAGUUUGUAGAAGAAAAAACACUUCCCACAGUGAUAGUUCCUUUUCCAUUCUGCAAAAGGUAUUUUCUCUAACAUAUGCUUCAUGUUUUUCACUUGACGGACCAACAACAUCUAAACAUUUUUGGUGUUUGAUGUCUUUACAUUUAUCAGAUAUGGAACUGUUAUGGUUCAAAAAGUUUAGGCGAAGCAGUAGAUCCAACCCUGCAGGGGAAAUUCAAUGAAGAAGAGGCAUCUAGGUUAUUACAGAUCGGUCUGCUAUGUGUACAAGCCUCAGGAGAACUCCGGCCUGCCAUGUCGGUUGUUGUUAAAAUGCUGAACAAUGAGCAUGAGAUACCAGAGCCAUCACAACCACCGUUCCUCAACUCCAACAGCGAGGAAAUCAGUCCAUUAAUGAAGCGCGGGGGUUCUCCCUAUUUUCAGUCAGACUCGUACACACAAUCAUCUGGCAAUGAGAUGACAGAGAGCUUCAUGGAACCAAGAUGAACUGAGAAGGUAUAUGAACCAUUUUUCAUAGCCCUCUUGUCUUUGGAUUGUCUAAAGCUGAAGAUGAACAAACUCCAACUAACCGCAUUCGGCCAUGAUGCAUUAGUAGUGAUUCCUGAUUGGUUUGACACACUGAUAGAGCUACCACUAGUAGUACAGUAUUUGAGGCCAUACUUCACCGGCACAUGAAUCCGAUAAUAAGUUUCUUGGUACAUUCACGGCGACAAAUGUCAACUUAGAACAUAGUGGUUGACAAUCAUCGUAUUGUAUAUUGUAGGUUCUUGGUGGUAACAAAUAAUUCCACUUGAUUGAUUCUGUAUUCGUAAAGCCCGCUGUAAAGCAUAUUGAUACAAUCUUCCUGCCGAUUAUAACAUAAUUGCGUAGGUUGAAUGUGCAGAAAUGUAAGUAUAUUGUAUUAGUUGAUUACAUAAGUACACACUCCUUAGUCUUUCAGGUAAUGUUCAAACGUAUAAGACUACUACCGAUUCAUUGGGCUCAAACUCCG